AUGGAGGAGCUGCAGCCACUGCGGCUCUUCCCCCAGCCCAGCCAUGCCUCGCGCACCAGCCCUGUCAGACACAGCAAGCGCGUCAUCAGUGUCUCCUCCAUCGACGACCAUAAGGAGAGCUCUGGGAGGCAGCCAGAUGCCAGCACCAAGGACCUGGCUGAUCAGCUCAAGCUGGGGUCCCUGGAGCCCUCUGCAGUGCCACUGCUGAGCCGCUGCAUCUCCAUGCCAGUUGAUAUCUCAGGACGUCAGCCUUCACUUCGUGCUGUGGGGCUGCCUACAUGUCUACCAGCGCAUGAUUGACAAGGCGGAGGAUGUGUG